AUGCAUCGUCGUUCGGGUUCAGUUUCCCGGAUUCUUCGAAAUUUCAUAAGCGAAGUCGAUGCUUCAUUGGGUGGUGGUGGCAAUAGUAGUGGUAAUAGCAACACGGAUUUAACUUCAGCUGGCAUGAAACGUCCAAUGUCUUCAACUGAUCCUCUAAUGCCGAAACUCAGUCCACAGCCUGCUAACUUAAUGGCUUCUAGUGGAGCUAGCAUAUCAUCGGGUGUUGAUAACCUCUCUAUGCCUCUCAAUUCCUCACACUCCCUACCAUGCCAUCAGAAACCCUCUGUUAUUGCCAAUAAACCCCCUUGCCUGGUGAAUUACCUUCAGACUAAUCCCAAGGUGGAAGGUGGAGUGCUUGGCUCUGUUAAACCAAAGCCCAUGGAUUGGGACGAUACUCACCGCCCAGUGACUCCCAAGCUUCCACGAUGUGUCGUUCGAGUACCGCCAUGCUCCCAUCAGGUCAAAAAUCUUCCCCCACCGACAAUAACAUCUGAGCUCUUGGGAACGGAGGUCUCUUGGUUAGCCAAACAGCUGCCCCACCAAAGUCGUCGCCCCCCUUCAAUGCUAAUGAAUUCUUUGGAUCAAGCAAACUCAUUUGAACAUGCCACCAUUGCCAUAUGUGAUGAUUUCCAGCGAUAUCAAAGACAACAAACUCAUCAAGCACUGAGGGACAAUUAUGGCUAUGAUAUGUAUCCUGAGGGAACGCAUCGAACGCUUGAAGAUGAACUCUAUGGUUCUAGUUUGAAGUCAGAUGUACCCGGCAAGGCUGGUGUAAUACGCAAUCAAAUAAAACACACCGGAGGUCGUAACCAAUCGAAUGUGAGUGGUGGAGAUAUUUCUGGAAUGUACCAGGCACCCCCGUCUCUAGAAAGUGCUCUCUCAGGUGGACCUUGUUCCCAACCCAGUCCCUCGGAUGUUAAGGCGCUCUCUGAGGAGAACCGUCUGCGUCAGAAGCAAAACUUGGCCAGCAACCUGGUUCAAGGCAUUAUUCAAAAUACCCGACCGAUAUUUGAACAGGAGUCGGCUGUCUUUCCAAAGGAAUGGCAAAAUAUGUGUCCACCAUCAGUACAAAUUCCAUUUUCUUCCAAGUUCAAAUUAACUCCAGAGGAGCUACACCAAGUUAGAGACAUUGAGGUAUCAUCAAGACCAGGUCUAGCAUUUGAACCAGUCACCGGUCCUACCAACGGUUUAUACGACUGUCUUUUCCUCUACCCACCUCGUCGACCACCACAUUCCCUUCCUCCCUCCCGAUCCCAACAACAGCCCUCUUCUCGUGUCCUAUCCGACCCCACUGACCCCGACUCCACGACAUUUGACCUUGAUGAACUGAGGGGUAGCGAUGCACUUAAAGUCAACAUUAUCCUCUCCGACUCUCUUCUCAAUCUAUUUAAGGAUCAUAACUUUGAUUCAUGUAAUAUCUGUGAGUGCACCAUGUCACCCCUAGGUAUGGAGGUUGAUAUCUACAUCGCUUCCCCAGCUCCUCCACCCACCCAGCCCUGUAAUUGCGGUUUCUCCGCCUUGGUCAAUCGCAAAUUCGCUCUAGCUGGAAAUCUCUUUUGGGAGGAUGAAGUGGAGGUAGCAAGUCUAUCGAUAGCGAGUGUUGAUCCGUCGCGAUUGCUUCCGAAAAAAUCCUCCCCACCACCCGCCACGGUGAAUGCCUAUCUCCCUAUAAUUACGCAGUGGAUGAAAGGCUCGCUGGAAGAAUUUGGAGUUCGUCUUCUGAUGGAGUGGUUGCAGUACAAUGAGUCGGCGAUGAAGUUCUCUGAUACACGUCGAGGCACCCUUGAGAAGGAUGCUCUCUAUGAUUAUAAUGAUGUCUGUGCUCUCACGGCGUCGGCUUUGGAACAGAGUUGCUGCGAUCUCUCCACUCUUGAUGAAAUUAUAAUGGGUAGUAAUUUCUCUUCCAGCGAAGAGAGAAUGCGCCAGCUAAAAUUUGAUGAAACCUCUCGAAAGGAGGGCAUCAGUUUUCAUCCCGCUCUCUUUCGCCAGCUGCCCUCUGAUUUGCCUUCAAACAAGAAUGACCAAAUUCGACUUCUUGGUAGCGUUCGUCUGUGGUUACAGGAGUUAAUUGAAAAAUUUGAUCCCACCGGCAAGGUCGAAGGUCCACUGACUUGGAAAGCCUUCCAUCAGUUGGCCGGCCGUGGACGCUGUGAAUCGUCUAAAGCCCAACCAAUUCCACAAUUCAAAGUUGGUGGAAAUCCAAGGAAUACCAGUUCAGUUGUCCUCAUCUCGCCAUUCAGCCUUCGAGAUUGGCGAGUGGCCUACGCCGCUGUUAUCCCAUUUUGGCAGAAUCAAAGUGAGAAUCAUCGCCGGUCAACCGAACUCCUCUCCUCCUUCUUCUACGAGCUCUCAGCAGCCUUUGAGAACUGUCAACUCGGGCAUCACUACCCCUACUAUCAACCCAAUACUGGUUCUCUUGAAAAUGCAUUCAUCCAUGUCCAAUGUGCCUACCCGUUUAGAGACGAAAAUGAUCCCGCAUCGGGAUUUUCUCCUAUGAAUGCACGUCAGCCGCGAAGGCAACAGCAAUCAGGAAGUGGCUCACAUUCAACUGCUGCAUUUCACUACUGUCUCCAACGCUACAAAGCGAGUGUAGUCAACACUGUACGGAAGAUGCUUUCUGAGAGGGGUGUGGCUAUGCCUGAUGGUAGUCAAUCAAUUUUGACUCCCUUCACUGGCAUACAGGAGAUGCCUCCGGUCUCUAUACCACUCAUUCAAUCAAAAAUAAGCCCCCUGAAUGGACAAGGGCUUCUCACUACAGCUUACGAUCCUACAACUGAUGCUAAAACGGAUGUCCACCUGGUGAUCUACCUUAUUGAUCCAUUCACUCAGCUGUUUGAUAUGGGUGAUGAAGCGCGUGGAUUGGCUACAAGAUGUCUGGCUGAGAUUGCAGGUCGUUUAACAAUGGAAUUACCCCAAUCCUGGCGACUGAGGGUGUCUGUUCAACUCCUUCCCAUGACACAUGUCAUCUCCCCUCGUAGCGGUGUUUGUGGUCGAGAAGAUGUAGGAGAUGCUGGGCUUCUUCCCCAUGUCAAAUCAAUGGCUCUCGCUGUCUACUCCUCUAUCGAUCGGGUUAUUUCUCCUACCUUGAUCAAUGCUAAUCGAACGCUCACAGGAAUGGGGCCCGCGGCCGAUAAAGAGGUGAUAUCGGCGAAUUUCCAGAAAGAUCAUGUAAAUCGGGUCUACGCUCCUGCCUAUACUUUGGCCCAUACCCAUGACCUUUGGGGUCAGUGGGAAGUUCAUCCUUCAGAACCACUCUCCCCUUCCUCAGUACUCUUUGUCUCUUACUGCCUGUCUGAGGAUUCCAAUUGGCUCCUUGCCACGUGUAUCGAUCAAUAUGGCACAUUGGCUAAGCAGACUUUCAUAAAUAUACGUGCUCCCAGCGCCAUCAACGCACCGUCUAAUAAGGCGGGAGUGGAUGGAUUUAACAUUUCGACAAGACGUUUGGCACUGGCUCGACUGUGGGAUUUCAUCAUCUCUGUGGUUGCUUCGACAGCUAAUGCUUGGAGGCUGGUUGUUGGAAGACUUGGACGUCUUGGACAUGGUGAACUGAAAGGUUGGAGCGCUCUCCUUAGUCAGCGCAAUCUGCAGAACGUUAACCGCUCUCUUCGAGCCAACUGUGCGCUUUGCAGUCUGGUUAGCCAAACUCCCAUAACGCCAAGCAACGGUGGUCCAACUUACAACGGCAAGCUAACCGUCACGACAAAUCUGACUGCAGACUCGCGUGUCUCAGGCACUUGUGCGCACGAGACACCGUCUCUCCUCUCCGCUUGUCUCAUCUCCACCGAACCUCAGUCCACAUUCCGACUCUUCCUUGGCUCUGACCUCAACAUCGGUGACCUUGGCGGUCACACAGGCCAUGGGGGUCAUGGUGGUGGUGGAGGGGGUGGUGGAAACGCCGGAGGGGGAGGUGGAGGUCUGUCAGCCUCGGGCGGAGGUGUAGGCCAGGCUGGAGGUCAAGUAGGCCAAGCAUAUGCAGGUCCUUUUGCUAGUGGAGUAAUCUCAGCUGCUGGAUAUGCGCCUAGUACUUCUCAUAUCCUUGUCUUUCCAACCAGCACUUCAGCUCAGGCUCAAUCGGAGCAGGAGGAUUUAAAUUUCAAUGAAUUUUUCUGCCAGCUUGAUGAAGUGGAUGACAACACUGAGAUGUGCAUCUCCAAUCUCGAGCCUCCAAGUACACCAACUAGUGCUGGUCCGGGUCGAACAGGGGGUCCUUGUGCUGGUAUUCCUCCUGAACCGAACACUCAAGGCAUGUCUUAUGAUGACGCUUGUCGAGAGAGGGCUAAGUACUUUCUUCAGUGUGCUCUCCUUCCUUUCGGCAUACCCGACCCUCAAUCAGAGAAGCCGAGUCUAAUGCAGCAACCUCUUGCUCUGGGAUAUCAUAUUUCAACUGCUCCUGUGGGACCACUUCCUGAAUGGUUCUGGGCUGCUUGCCAACAAGCAAGGCGCAAUAAUCCCGUAUGCUUAAAAUCCGCUCUCCACCUCUACUGCACCCUCGUGAGAGUGGAAGAUGAUGCUGCUGCGAAUGGAGGCCAGGGAACCGCAUCGGGGUCAGGCCAUUUGCUUGAUUCCGGUGUCACUUGUGAUGUGCUGCGUUUUGUGUUGGAAUCAUACAAUGCACUGUCCUGGCUAUCUUACGAUCCCUGUAUUAAUGAUAGAAGAUCAUGCCUUCCCGUGCACAUUCUUUCCCUUGCUCAACUCUAUCAAGCUGCGAAGGCCUUUGUAUGA